GAACCGGAAGCGGAAGCGGCGCCAUGAAGCUGCUCACACACAACCUGCUGAGCUCGCACGUGCCGGGGCUGCGGCCCGGGGGCGGCUUCCCGCUGCGCAUCGAGGCCGCCGAGGUUCGGGUCCGCCCGGUUCCGUUCAACGCCGCCUUCGUGUCCCGCCUGGUGCCGCGGCUGCGCUGGGACGCGCUGCGGGAGGCGGCCGAGAGCUUGGGGCACCCCUCGGAGCUGCCCCCCGAGCCCGUCCCCAACUACGAGGGCGACGAGGAAUUCCUGCGGCGCCUGCACCACGUCCUGCUCGAGGUGGAGGUGCUGGAGGGAGCCCUGCAGUGCCCGGACUCAGGGCGCCGCUUCCCCAUCUCCAGGGGGGUCCCCAACAUGCUGCUGACGGAGGACGAGGCCUGAGGGGGGUCAGGACCCCCCAAAUUCAUGAGGGGGGGUCCCCAAAAUGGGGCUGAGCUCCUUCCCCCCAAGACAGGGUUGUUGGGGGUGUGGGAAAACCCCAAAAUUCCCACAGGAAAACCCCAAAAUUCCCACAGGAAAAAUCCCAAAAUUCCAACAGGAAAAAUCCCAAAAUUCCCACAGAAAAUCUCAAAAUUCCCGCAGGAAAAAUCCCAAAAUUCCCCACGGGAAAAAUCCCAAAAUUCCCACGGGAAAAAUCCCAAAAUUCCCACAGGAAAACCCCAAAAUUCCCACAGGAAAAAUCCCAAAAUUCCCACAGGAAAACCCCAAAAUUCCCACAGGAAAAAUCCCAAAAUUCCCACAGGAAAAAUCCCAAAAUUCCCACGAGAAAAUCCCAAAAUUCCCACGGGAAAAUCCCAAAAUUCCCACAGGAAAAAUCCCAAAAUUCCCACAGAAAAUAUCCCAAAAUUCCCACAGGAAAAAUCCCAAAAUUCCCACAGGAAACCCCAAAAUUCCCACUGGAAAAAACCCAAAAUUCCCACAGGAAAACCCCAAAAUCCCCCAAAAAUGGGACCCAAAUUUCACCCCUCCCCCCAUUGUUAAAACAGGGGGCGUGGUCUAAUCAGCCUCAUUUGCAUAUGGGCGGGGUUAUAACCACGCUCCUCCUCUAUGCAAAUGAGAUCGUUGCUAAUUUGCAUAUUUGGCGGGAAAUGUUUCGUUUGCAUAAUGGGUGGGGAAUUCCCCUUUUUUCCGCCCAAAUUCCCGUUUUUCCUCCCUGAAUUUCUCCUUGCUUCCCAAAUUUCCCAGUUUUACCCCAAAUAUUUUUAUUUUCUCAAAACAUCACCAUCAUUUUUCCCCCAAAUCCUUUAUUUUAUCUCAAAAUCCUCCGGUUUAGCCCUCAGGUUCCUCUUCUUUGUCACCAUUCCCUCCUUUGUGCCCCCAAAUCCGGAUUUUGCCCCAAAAUCUCAUCCCUCUCCUCUAAUAU